AAUCUUUCCUCCUCGUCCAGUCCCUCCUCCUCCUCUCCCCAGUCCUCCUCCUCGUAAGGCUACUUGGCCAGAUGGUACAGUCUUUUCUUUUGUUUACCCACCGGCCAUGAGUUACCCCCAACUGGCCUUAGCUACCAAACUGUGGACGGUGUCCGGGAGCCGCCAUUAAGCAAAUGGAUAAAUCUAUCAACUGGAGAAGCAUGGAGGGGUCGACUUUAAAAAGGUUUGCCAGAGCUGAGUCCCAACUUGCACCCGUGUGCUGUAUUUGCCACUGGAUGGCAGGACUCUUUGACUAGAAGACAGUUGCUGGCUGGAUGCCCUAUGCUCCUGCAUGUCAGUGACAGAAAUGUUUUGAGCAAACAGAUGAGAGAAAAUCCUCAGGCGCAAUGUUCAAGCAAGUGGAUUCAUUACCGAAAAGACGUCCGCAUGGUGGCAAUGAGCCCAGCCGGUCCCAGUCUCCUCCACCGCCCUGUGCCCAGCAGAGGAGACUCCGUGCUGUAGAAGUGGCACGAGGGAGGACGGGAUACGGUUUUACGCUCUCAGGCCAAAACCCUUGUGUGCUCAGUUGUGUCCUAAAAGGCAGCCCUGCAGAUUUUGUGGGUCUACAUUCAGGGGACCAUAUCCUGUCUGUCAAUGACAUCAAUGUCUCCAAGGCGUCCCACGAAGAUGUUGUCAAAUUGAUCGGACGCUGCACCGGCGUCUUGAAGCUGGUCAUCGGCGAGGCAGAGCGCCACAGGCGACAUCAUCACCAGCAACGCAGUUCAGGUAGCCGUCACCACAGCAGCAACACAAUGGCCGCACCUUACCAGGACUCAUGCUCCAGUGACGACGAGUUGGACGGCCUUUACCACAACAGCGUCAACAACAACAACAACAGCACAAGGGCCGGUUGUGGACCUCAUGGUGCCUGGUUCAGACCCAAACUGGAUUCCAAGCAGCUCGGCAUCAACCGUGCAGAGAGGGUGGUGGCGGAGCUGCAGUCGGGAGGAAUUUUUAACAUGAUAUUUGAGAAUUCCAGCCAUUCAUCCAGCAGCUCCGACAAGGACCGACCCACACACAACUCAUUGUCCAAACCACGCCCAUCCUCAGAUUCUGAAUUUCCCGCUCAUCGAAACUCCUCCCGCUCGCACAGCAACCCCGUCAUGCUAACCGAGGAAGAAAUGGCCCAAGUUCUAAAUGACGACUCGGUGUUCGUGGACACGGAUUUCCAACAUCUCCACCUUCAUCAUCAAGAGGAACAAGACAUGGACGUAGGUGACGGGCGUGACUUGGUCCUGGAGCCCAGUCAGGACAUUGUCAACGUGGGCAUGAUGGUGGGUUACCUGGGCUCCAUUGAGUUGGCCUCCACAGGCACCAGCCUGGAGAGUGACAGCCUGCAAGCCAUCAGAGGAUGCAUGAGACGUCUGCGGGCUGAACAAAAGAUCCAUUCAUUGGUUCUCAUGAAGGUCCUGCAUGACAGUGUGCGCCUGUGCAGCGACAGAGGGCAGACCCUUGCCACAUAUCCCGCAGAGAAACUAGCCUUCAGUGCCUGUUGCCCCGAUGACCGGAGAUUCUUCGGACUGGUCACCAUGCAAGCCACAGACGACGGUCACUUCGUCAGAGGACGAUAUGAUGAAGGUGGUUUGAGGACAUCUUGUCACGUGUUCAUUGUGGACCCUGACCUGUGUCAUCACCAGGUGCAUUUGGGCAUAGCCAGAAGGUUUGGCUUUGAAUGCACCCCUGACCCGGACACUGGAGGCUGUCUGGAAUUCCCACCCAGUUCUCAGCCCCUCCUACACUUUGUGUCUGUUCUCUACCGGGACAUGGGGGACAACAUUGAGGGGGUCCGUGCCCGAGCCUUUCACGAUCCGGAUAACGAUGCCCAACAGAACCACAGCACCAGCAGCAACAGCGAUAGCGGGAUCGGUAACUUUUUACCUGAGGAGAAGAGCAACAGAGUGCUGUUAGUUGACCUUGGAGGGUCGGCUAACCACAAUCAUGUCUCCGGGCCACGCCACUGGGACAGCCCACCUUCCUCCCAGCAGGCUUGGAGCCCCACCUUAGGGGUUGCAGCCUCCCACCCGCCUCCCCCACCGCCCGCUAUAAGAAAUGGCCACUACCGCCAUGAACCGUACCUGGCUGACCUGCCUCAUCCCCUCCCGCUGGCCUACCCUGAUGUCCCGGCUAGACAUGUUCGAGGUGCACACCCCAAUCACUACUCACAAGGGAAGUGGGGAGGAGCUGUCGGAGGCGGGGACAAGAGGGGGGCCGGAGGAGGGGCGGAGCCACAGCGUUGGCUGCCAGUCCACGUGCUGAGAGACUGGCAUCAGCAACAUCACCAACUCCAGGGUCUGAGCAGCGAUCAGGAGUCGUACGCUGAAUCCACCGACGGGUGGUCAUCAGCUAAUUGCAGCACUCUACCUCCACCCAUGAGUAAGAUCCCUGCCGACCGCUACCGGGCCCCACUGGUCCCCGGGGAACACCUGCCACCACCUGGAGGGAGCCAGCCUGUACCUCCCUUGCAGGCCCAGACCCACACUCAGCGGCUGGUUGCUCAGAAAGAUGAGUGGGCCAAGAAGCUCUUUGGUGCUGGGGACAGGGAAAGGAGUGGAAACGAGAAGAAACAAGGAGGCGCCAAAGAUGCUGAGAAAAAGGGUGGUCGCUUCCGAGGUCUGACCAUGGGUUUUGCUCCUCUUCCCCAACGGUCCUCAGCCAGACGCUCCUUUGGGCGUUCCAAACGUCUCAGCAUGGCCCGUUCGCUGGAUAACCUGGAGUCGACUGCCGUCUCCGACGGAGAACUGAACAACGUGGAGCUGCAGGGCUGCAGCAGUGACAACAGUCUGAACAGCAAUGCCAGCCUCCCCAGUGUCCAGAGUCACCGGCGCCACACUGAGAGGAGAGUGGCAAGCUGGGCUGUUUGCUUCGAGAGGCUGCUGCAGGACCCCGUGGGAGUGCGCUACUUCUCGGAAUUCCUUAAGAAAGAAUUCAGUGAGGAGAAUAUUCUGUUCUGGCAGGCAUGUGAGUUCUUCAGCCACGUCCCGGAAAAUGACAAGAAACAGUUGUCUCAGCGAGCCCGGGAAAUCUAUAAUAGCUUCUUGUCAAGUAAAGCCACCACUCCUGUCAACAUAGACAGUCAAGCUCAGCUCGCUGACGACAUCCUCAACGCCCCGCGUCCAAACAUGUUCAAGGAGCAACAGUUACAGAUCUUCAACCUGAUGAAGUUCGACAGCUACACACGCUUCCUCAAGUCUCUGCUUUACCAAGAAUGUAUGUUAGCAGAGGUGGAGGGCCGGCCCCUGCCUGAUCCUUACCACAUCCCCAGCAGUCCCACCUCCAAACACAGCACCACAGGCUCAGACCGCUCCAACUUGUCCACACCCAAGAAGGAGGACAAACGCAGCAAGUCAGGCCGAUCUUUAAAUGAUGACAGCCGGGAUGAUUCAGGGGACCGGAGAAAGGGCAUGUUUUUUUCCUGGUCCCGCAACAGGAGCUUUGGCAAAGGGCCGAAGAAACGGGAACUGACCGACUUUAAUUACAAUUUUGCUGGUAGCAACGGUCGCCGGGAAUCCCAGGGUUCACUGUCGUCAGGUGCCAGUCUCGAGCUUGGGACAUCUGGAUCUGGGAAGAAUGAAGGAGAUGUUUCGCGUGUGGGGGUAUCAGAGCGCAGUGGAGGCAGCGCCCCCCUUAGGCAAUGUAACAUAAACUUGCCAGACGGUUCGUGUUGCUCCGUGCCGCUAAGAGCCGGUGUGUCCAUCAGGGACUUGUUGCUGGGCCUCUGUGAGAAGCUCUGCAUCAACCUGGCAGCUAUCGACCUCUUUUUGGUCGGAGGGGAGAAGCCACUUGUUCUGGACCAAGACUGUAUGACUUUGUGCUCUCGAGACCUCAGACUUGAAAAGCGCACUCUUUUCAGGCUGGACUUGGUCCCUAUAAACCGCUCAGUGGGCCUUAAGGCCAAGCCCACCAAGCCAGUGACGGAGGUUCUCAGGCCUGUGGUGGCCAAAUAUGGUCUACACCUCUCAGAUUUGGUGGCACGCAUCAGUGGUGAAUCCGAGCCCUUAGAUUUAGGUCUUCCUAUAUCCAACCUGGAUGGGUUGAGAGUUGUUUUGGAUUCAGCGGAUAACACAUCGGGAAAAGCUCCAUCUAAAAGCCACACCCAGGCUUCUACAAGCAGAAACCAAUCAACAACAGGGGAGGACAGGCAGUCAAGGAAAGCCACUUCCGCCCACCCCCAUGGGGCAAACGGCAAGGCCGGGCCCAGCCUUGUCGCGAGCAGCGGUCCUUUACCCAACCACUCUGUCUCUCUUCAUAAGGCUCCGGAGAAAAGAAAGCAGAAAAAGAUUAAUAUAGACGAAGCUGAAGAGUUCUUCGACCUCAUAUCCAAAGCUCAGAGUAACAGAGCUGACGACCAGCGAGGCCUGUUGAACAAAAGUGACCUGCAGAUCCCGGACUUCCUUCGCCUGUCGCCAGCGGCCACCGGCCAAGCCGGGCCUCCACCCUACGACCCCGAGCCCGGCAGCUCCACCCCUCAUUCCCGUAACUCCGGCAACGGCAGCUUCCCCGGCGGUCGCCUGGGCAACAAGGCGAACUACAACGACCGGGGCGGCGGCGGCCAUUUUCUCAACGCGAGUCAUCAGUCCCAGAGCUUGGACUCUGCGUUGGGCUCCGACAUCGGCGGCUGGGGGGCUGCCAGGUCCCCCUCCUCAGUGUUUCCCGCCACGAUCUCUCCCAUCCACCCCUCCCGGGAGGCCCAGCAUGGCGCGUUUAAGGACGCUGGCAGGGGAGCGUCCGUUCAGAUGCUGGAAGAGGACGCCCUCUCGGACCUGACUCUAGUAGGCGAGGCGGACCUCGACAGCCCCAGCCUCAACUACGUCACCCCCUCCGCCGUGCCAUCCAAACCCCACACCCGACCCCAACAACAAGCACAGGACGGUCAGCCUAGCUCAGGUACUCCCCCUGUUUGAUCUUUCACUUCUCUCUUCACCUGGGAACACUCUUGAGCGCCCCCUUUUUUUCAAUAGGAUAAAUGCAUCCACGUCUCCUCCCUUCCCUUUAUCCUAACGUGUGGGACAAUAAAAAAAAACAUUCCCUGUGGUACAGAAACAUUAAAUUGCAGCGUACUAACAAUAUACAUGUGUUUUGAUGUGUUCAAAUAGUCAUGUGACCAGCAUCUAAGUAGGUUAGACCCAGGACAAGAAGCUGAAGCGAGGAUAAAUGGAUGCAUUAGAGGAAGACUGCACUUUUUGGGGGAAUUUUGCCUAUCGUUCACAAUCCUUAUGUAGGGCAAGAACACAUGUUUUUCUUUCUUUAAUGCGUUCUCAGUGGUAAAAUACAUCUGGUACGAGGUGGCUAACAAUGCAGCUAGUAGGAGUCCACUAUUCUGUCCAAACUCCUCCAUUUCCAUGUUGUGACCUGUAUGUUUACAACGUUUUUGGUAAUAUAAUAUUGCUAUUAUAAGCGCAAAUGUUUGGGACUAUUUUCAGCGGCCCCAUGAUCAAAGAGGCUUAUGCUGCUAUAUCAGACUUAGACUUCCUUUAUUGUCAUUCAAAUUUGAACUUUACAGUACAGAUAAGAACGAAAUUUCAUUGCAAUAGCUCGUUGUAGUGCAGGAUAAAAGAGCAGAUAUAAAUACAUUUACUGUACAGAUAAAUAUAUUGUACUUUUGCAUCUGCAUCCAGGUUUAUGGAUGUAUGUUAUAUUGUCUUUAUAUUCCAGUGAGUUAAUACAUUUUUGGGGGUAUUUGAGGGGAUUAUUAGAUGCGUUCAAGAGUCUCACGGCCCGAGGGAAGAAGCUGUUACAGAACCUGGAGGUUCUGCUACAGAGGUUGUGGAACCUCUUUCUAGAGUCCAGCAGUGAAAACAGUCCUUGGUGGGGGUGGGAGGAGUUUCUAAAGAUUUUCUAAGCACUGGUCAGGCAGCGGCUUUUUUUAUUGACACACAGAGCCCGUGACUUGGUGAAACGUAAUUCUAGAUUGUAAAUCAUGCCUUUCAGCUGGAUAGUGGAAGGUUUUGGUCAUAAACUGAGAAGUUGGUCAACUCUGACAUUCAACUUAGACCCGGAGACAACAGGAAGGACAUGUAAAGAUGCUCGUUUUUUUUUUUUUAGGAUUUAAAAAAAUUUCAUCCAUUUUUUAUCCAAACGGGAAGAAAUGAACAUCCCAUCAGUCGGCAUCCCAGUGGGAGCCCACAUUGUACAGUAAAUAUGGUUUUAUUGUGUUAAAAGUUUGUAUCACUUGUUCAGCAUUUACGAUGCUUAGUGAUUCACUGAAACACACAUUGUGAUGUGUCUGUGAAAUAAAUAUGCCGCCAUGUGCCUAAAACGACGAAAAUACGUAAAUAUUACAUGUUAUUAUUAAUGUGCCUGUUCCUGCAUUAGGUAUAUACUUAAAGCGUGUCAAACAGGGCUGGGCAAUUAUUUUGACUCGGGGAGCCACAUUUACAGUAAAAAAUGUGUUUAGUACAAAACCUCACAAUAAUGUCUGAUUGAAUGCUAAAAUUGUUAUGACAGACCGCCUUAAAAAACGGAAUGGAAUCUAAAUAAUUUUUACUGAAUAAAACAUGCAGAAAGUACAUGAAAAUAAAGGAAGUGGGAUUUACAAUAAUAACUGUGAACGAUAAAACACUGAAUGUUGACAACAUGAACGUCACACCCCCUUUCCGUCGACAUAUUUUACAAUCAAGCAAAAUGCAACAAACACAGCAAAAUAUGAAUGAGAAGGGUUGAAAACAAACCCACCUACAAUCUGAUAUAUCUGAUAUAUUACCAAGCUUUAGAACUUUCUUGUAAAAAUCUCCUUCCGUGUCUGUCCCUGACAUCUGCAUUUCAGGCUGACACUCUGUGGAAACGCUCCCCGCCCACACUGCUCGGUGCCUCGUCUGAGCUGCUGUGACGUAGAUUACCAUAGUAACUAAUUCAAUCAAUCAAUCAAUCAAUCAAUGUUUAUUUAUAUAGCCCCAAAUCACAAAUGUCUCAAAGGACUGCACAAAUCAUUACGACUACAACAUCCUCGGAAGAACCCACAAAAGGGCAAGGAAAACUCACACCCAGUGGGCAGGGAGAAUUCACAUCCAGUGGGACGCCAGUGACAAUGCUGACUAUGAGAAACCUUGGAGAGGACCUCAGAUGUGGGCAACCCCCCCCCCCCCCUCUAGGGGACCGAAAGCAAUGGAUGUCGAGCGGGUCUAACAUGAUACUGUGAAAGUUCAAUCCAUAGUGGCUCCAAGACAGCAGCGAGAGUCCCGUCCACAGGAAACCAUCUCAAGCGGAUCAGCAGCGUAGAGAUGUCCCCAACCGAUACAGGCGAGCGGUCCAUCCUGGGUCCCGACGACCGGUCCAUCCUGGGUCUCGACUCUGGACAGCCAGUACUUCAUCCAUGGUCAUCGGACCGGACCCCCUCCACAAGGGAGGGGGGGACAUAGGAGAAAAAAAAGAAGCGGCAGAUCAACUGGUCUAAAAAGGAGGUCUAUUUAAAGGCUAGAGUAUACAGAUGAGUUUUAAGGUGAGACUUAAAUGCUUCUACUGAGGUAGCAUCUCAAACUGUUACCGGGAGGGCAUUCCAGAGUACUGGAGCCCGAACGGAAAACGCUCUAUAGCCCGCAGACUUUUUUUGAGCUCUAGGAAUCACUAAUAAGCCGGAGUCUUUUGAACGCAGAUUUCUUGCCGGGACAUAUGGUACAAAACAAUCGGCAAGAUAGGCUGGAGCUAGACCGUGUAGUAUUUUAUACGUAAGUAGUAAAACCUUAGAUGACCAUAGUAACUAAUUAGAUGACCAUAGUAACUAAUUAGAUUACCAUAGUAACUAAUUAGAUGACCAUAGUAACUAAUUAGAUGACCACAGUAACUAAUUAGGUUACCAUAGUAACUAGUAUAUCAUGCAAAAACGCAUAUUCCAACCUCUGAAAUACUUUGUAUAGUUCAGGACUUACGCUCAUUUGAAAACAUCGCUGCACAUCAUGAUGGCAGCUACAGUUUCCAUCUUAAAUAUCUGAAAUACUUAUUUGGGAAUGUCCGGCGGGCCAGAUUGAAAAGACUAACCGCGGCCCCAGGGCCUUAAUUUUCCCAGGUCUGGUGUAAAACCUUUUUGGCAGUUUUAGGAUGUUUUUUUUAGAGAAUGGAGCGACUCCCAUUGGCCUUAUUGUUAGAUGACUUUUGCUAGCAUAUAUUUACAAGUUAGAAUGCCUAGUGCUUUUCCCACAUAAGGAUUGUGAAUGAUAGACAACAUUUUUAAAAAGUGUUGUUCACCUUUAAGAAAAGGCAGAAAGAUAUUUCUUUGUGUGGUGUGUAUCUGUGUGCACCUUUAUGCGGACUUGCUGUGGAUUUUUGUAUGUUUGUGUUUUUCCUAGAGAUGUAAGAGUGCGGGGGAGCCCGUGCCAAACUUUUCCCGCCCAGCUCCCCUCACCAACAGAAUCUAACAACGAUGCACUUUAGCCAAUUAUGAAUAAGACACGUGUUAAAAAUCACUCCCUCCAUGUUGAACUUGAAAGUAGAGUAUCUUGUAAUUUAUCUUCUCUGUUGGCUGAUCACAUGAUCUCCAUUGGUGUGUUUCAGGCCCAUGUGUUGUAUUCCGCUUGCUGCACACUGACCCCAUAAACAUGCUGCAGUUGCAUGAACCAA